CUGUAAUCUUCUUCUCCCUCCUCCAGAACUGCUGUUUGAACUUGUUACUGGUAUGCCUGCUCUGCCGAAGGAAUGUGUGGAGAAAAAUGUGGAAAAAGAUACAUCAGAAGAACAAAAAGAUAAAAUAGAAAAACUUGAGAAAGAAAUUCGGAGAUUGCGAGGGGCUCUGAAGGAUGCUAUGAAAACUAAUUCAUCUCUUAGUAAUCAAUUACAGCAAUUAAAAAGGGAACAGUAUUCUAGAUCUUCUCGUAAUAAAGGCUUUAGUCGAACCCCUUCGGAUUCGACAGUAGAUGAUAUGCAUCGAAUGCAUUCUCCUAGUGGACCAUCUCCUCAAAUGGAAGAAUAUGCUGAUACUUUACGCCAAAUUCAGAGAGCUGCUACACAUCGUAGUGGAAAACGUGAGGAAAGGCGUAAUCGUAAUAAUGAAGGAAAUGGUGAAUGGAAUGACGGUUAUAUACGGAAUGGAAAUGGAUACCAGCAGCAUCAUCAUAGACAUCACCACCAUCAUCAUCAUCAAGCACAGAAGUCCCCACAACAGCGUCAGCAACAACCGAGACUUCCAAGGUUGCCUUUGCGUAAUCAGCAAAAUUAUUCACAUCAGCAGUAUGAAGUUCAGUAUCGUCAAAGAAGUUCUAAUACUCUACCAGCUUUAAAACAGCCCUUGGUUCCUGUUGUUGACCACAGAUUAGAUAAGCCUAGAAAAUCAAGGGGACCUAGACCAACCAAAAUUGCUGAUCAAGUUACUAAUGGAUAAAUAAAUUACAAUUUGUAUAUCUUAUUAAUGUUAUGAAAACAGUUAAAUGGCAGAUUACACAUCUAUGUAAUUUUCAUUCUGAUAAACUAAUCUGAAUGAGUUUCCUUCUAAGUACAUGUAUGAAACUUUUCACUAAUAAUUCUUUGAAACUAUUUCAUAUUGUAUAUCCAUGUGAUAUCAUUCAUUCCUUCUCUUAUUUCAUAAAGUACAUUAUUGUUCAUGCUAAGUAUUACUAAACUUGGCUGUUCUGCUACUUAAGUAAUAUGUCUUUUCUUUAAAGAACUGUAAAACAGUGUAAUAGGUAUAAUAAUGUAAUAGAACUUCACUGUGUAGUGUUUUGAUUUCAAGAAUAUAUUUUUGUGCAAAUUCAACUGUUGCUUUUUCCUGCAAAGCUAUUAUUUUGUAAAUUAUAGUAAGAUGUCUUGAGAACUGAACAGUAAGUUAUAAGCACAUUUUAGAAAAUAGAACUUCUUAAUUUUUAAAUUGUUAAGUAUCAUUUUAAUAGAUAGUCCAUAGUUCUUUCAAGUUAAGUCAUUAAAAUAGUAUUAAGUGUAUUUUUCUUUUUCAAACUUGCAUAUUUAUAAUAUAUGAAGAUGUAUCUUUUUCUUGCAUAUAUUUUAUUAUAUGCAUAUAAUUGUAGUCUGCCAUUUAAUAGUUCUGCAUAUUAUUGCUCAUGUUUUAAAUUUUGAAGAAUCUCAUUUCAGAAAUUUUAUUUUCAUUGUUAUCUUUAUAUUGUUGUAUUUGCUUGUGAUAUUUUUGAACUUUUAAUUAUUACUUGGUCUUAAUUAUUAUUGUUUUAGGUUAAGGAAUAUAUUUCACUCUUUCACAUUCUUUCCUUUUUUCUUCCAGUAAAAAAGGGGGAGAAUGGGCAUUUUGUGCAUUUCAUAAGAUGUUAAAGGAAUAUUUGAUUUUAAAAAUGUUAACAGAAGUAUUGUAUAGAGAGUCUUUAAAUGAUUUGAAUGUAAAUAUCUAAUCAAACAUUGCAAUUUCACGCUGCUGUCAAAGAACAAUAUUUCAGAUUUAAUUACCUUUUUGAUAAUGGAAUGUGUGUUUUAUAUGCAGUUUUCAGUUUCUUUACAAAAUGCAACGAAUCUCAUUUUUGCUUCACAUGUAAUUAUGAUAAUUAUUGUUAUUAGUAACAGUAGUAUUGUUACAAAUUAUGUAAUUCAUGAGGAUUCAAAUUUACAUUGGAUUGGUAAAUAAUUUCAAAUUCUAACAAAGCUGUAUGCCAUGAUCUUACUUUAAACAUUGUUUUAAAGCCAGUGUAUGAAAUGGUAUGUUUGACUACUUCAUAAAAUUUCAACAUUUGAAUUUGAAAUAAUUAUUAGUAUUAAAUCAUUUUUAUGUAAAAAUAAGUGAAGAAAAUAGUUUAAGGCAUAUUAACUUCAUGCCACUAUAGUAACAUUUCUGAAAUUUGAUAUUUCAGCUAUAAUUUUAAAAUGUUUCAAGAAUUUUGAAAGUUAAUAUUGAAAAUCUGAAGGAAAUUUAAGACUGAAAUUAACAAUAAAAAAAGAAUUAAUUUACUUAAUUUGAAGGUACAUCAAUCGUAAGUCCAGCAUAACUAGAUAUUGACAUUUAAAAUGUUUCUCUGUAUUGCAUUGAGUCUGUGCUAGCUACUAGUGUGUCAGUAACAGCUGUAUAUAAAUUUGGGAUGCAUUUGACCAAAGAAUGUGUUACCAUGCUAACUUUAAAUUUUAGUGAAUUUAAAUGAAAUUUAUAUUUCAUUGAUUAAACUUCAAGUUUUUGUAGCAGUAAUAAAGAAAAUAUAUGUAAACAACUUUUUGGAAAUAUCUUGUGUUGUAGAAGGUGUAUUGCUGUAUGAUUGGGCACAUUUUCAGCAAGCAGAUUUUCCUAGUCUGUUAAUUUUCAGCAUAAUUUUCUAUAGUUUAGAAUAUUUAUAUGUUUUGUAUAUGCGGUAGAUAAGCAAUCUUUGUAACUGUAUAACAACAACUGUUUCAGAUUUUAUUAUCUAAUUUAAAGAAAACAUUGGAAAAAUAACCUUUCAGAAGUGUUGAGUAUUGAACAAAUACAAAUGGCUGGAUGACCUGAAGCUACAUGAGCAUUUAUGUGACGAAUUUAAUGAGAUACAUCAUUGGAGGAAAUUACAUGCAUGGAAAAUUAAGAAAAUGAUAAAUAAUGGGAAAAUUUCGAUUAUUAGACUGUGAUCUAAAUUAUCAACUUAUAAGUUGUGUUUUAAUGAGCUUAAAAUUUUAACAUUAAUCGCUUUGAUGUGAUUGACAGAGAAAGUAUCAUAUGCUGAUAAACAGUGAACUUUAGAAAAAUCUCCAUUUGGAGAGGUGUAUUUCUCUCAUCUUUUUAACUUUUUCUCGUCAAAUGUGUAGUUAUUAAUUGUUUCUCACAGUUGUUACUCUUAAAUUAUAAAUUGAAUUUUUUUUAACAUAUUGCAUGGAAUCUGUUAUUUAAUUGCAUAAAAAAUUGGAAAGUUUAAAUUGUAUUAUUUAAGCUUUACAAAGAAAAUGCAGCAAAUACAAGUUUUUCUUUAUAUAAUGAUGCACAAAGAUAAAUUUAACAAAAUCGAACAAAUCUGAUUAUUUAAUGGGUUUCUGUAAAUGAACUUUUAAAUUCUACAGAAAUUCUUAUAAUUAAUGAAAACUUUUGAAGAGAGAUAAAAGCAGUUUGUAAAUGUUUGUUAACAGAUUUAUAUCGAUAAGUAUUUUAAAAGGAACUAAAGAAAAUGAAAUUUAAUGUGUUUUUGUUAUACAAAUUGUUUUUGCAUGAAAGCGAGUUUCCUUUCUCCAAAAAGAUCAGAAUUGUCCAGGAGCAUAUUUUUUAUCAUAGCUAUAAUGUUAAAAUACUAGUGAUAUUAAAUUGAUCCAAGCAUAAUUUAUGGAUAAUUUAUCAUCUUUUAAUAAGAAGUAGAGUAAUUGCACAAUAACUGAUGGAAAUGGCUGCUGUCAGAUUUCCCUUUGAACCUUUUAAAUUUAAUCAAACACUGCACAAGUAUGUAAUAGAAGAUUUAUCUAUUUUGAUUUUAUCUGAUGUUCCUGAAGUUUAAUCUUCAAUUGUAUUGUAAGAUAAUUAAUUGUCAAUCUUAAUUGUAUGUUUAAAAAGCGUGUAUGUUUAAAUUUGAUUUUAGAGUUUUGCAUCUGAAAAAAAAAAAAAGAAAGAAAGAAAAGGAAUAUUAUAAUGAAGUAUGCAUAAUGUAUAAAACCAAGAAGGAAAGUAUGAUGAUACUUAGACUACAUGUACUCUCUGUUAAGUCAGCAAUUCUGCCAACAGUUUCUUAUAUGUAAUAUUUACAAAGUACAUUUUUAGACUUGAAAUAGCCUAUUAAAAAAUAACAAAAUUUCAAUUAAAAAAAUUAUAGUUCAAAAUUCACUGAAAUCAUUAUUUUAUAGUAAAGUAUACAGUGAUUAAGAAGAUUUUUGAUUUUAAAACUCUGUUCUAGUGAAAUGCAGGGAAAUUUUCAGUUGCCAACAUUCCAGCACUAUUGCAAAGUUUCAAAUUGAUAAGUUUUAUGUUUUUUCAUCUUAUCAUCAGGACUAAUCAUAUAUGGUUGUAAUAAUCAUUUUGUGUUGUGAAAAAUAAUUUUAUUUUUGUUUCAAAAAUAUUUGUGUGUGUGUUUAAUCUGCAGUUGUUUUAUACUAAUUCACAUCUGAUUAAUGCUUUAUGUGAGUUUUGCUUAUUUUGAUUGUAUAGAUCAAGAACUUACUUUGUACAAGUAUUUAUUUAUAUUUUAUUUCUUUAUAUAUUUUAUAUACCUAGUCAUGUUUCUAAACAUAACUACAGUUUCUAUAAAAAAUAGUAUUAGUAUGAGUAAAUGCACAAAUUAAUUUCUCAUAUCUAAUAUGAUAAAUUCUUUGUAUUGUCUUUAUGGCUGAAGAAUAUAUAUAUCACAAGCUUCUGUUCUGUUUUCCUUGCCGUACUUCAUGACUAAUGAAAUGCUGUAUUCUUUGGCCUUUUCAUGAAACUUAAGUAUUUAAACUAUAAUUUACUUAAAUAUUUAUGAUGGCUUUUUCCAUCAUAUUUAAACAAACAUUCUCAAUGUGGAGGGAGAGGAAGUAUGGUUUCAUGGAGAAUUCUUCAACUUCAGAUUGAUAGACUCAAUAUGUCAUGAAAAGACCUUUUGCAUAUCUGUAUUUAUAAUUAGUAAAUAUAAAAAAUAAGAGAAUUA